AUGAAAAUAGAGAAGAAUGAUUUGAUUUAAAUUUAUAUGGAAGUUUAUCUUUUCUUAACUAAAACUUCUUUCGAAUGGCUCUAAAUAACAAUCACUAAAUGGAUAAUAUUGUAAAAGGAUUUGUAAGUGGUAUAUUUGAUUAGUGAUAAAAUUUAAACUUAAUGUUGAAUUACUUGAAUCCUUUAUUGAGACAGCCUGCAAAACUCACAACAUAUAUAAAAUUAAAAAAAUAGAAAAUAAUAUGAAGUGUAUUUUUAAAUAGACAUGUUAUGAUGGGAGAUUAUAAGUUUUUUUAGAAAUUACAAAUAAAUAAUUUUUUGGGGUAUAUGAAAAUCUUGUGAAAAAAUUACAAUAAUUGGAAAAAUCAUUUUUGUGGGUUUAAAUGAUGGUAAUAUUUAAUACUCUUUUAACAAAAUAAGGAUUAAAUGAGUUAACAAGCUCUAAUAAUUUUUGGGUUAAUUCAAGGUAAAUAUGCAAGCAAUAUCAAAACAAAGGAAUACUUAUUUAAAUGAACCAUAAAAAUGACUAAGCUUUCAUUUUACUAAAAAAUGUAUAGGAUUAAAUGAGUGAUGUUAGAAGUUUGAGUAUGAAGGAUGAUCCUUCAAAAGAAUAAUAAAAAAUGUAAAGAAUUAGUACUAAGUAUGAUUAUACUGUAGAAGAUGUUUUAGUAACUUUUACUAUGCUAGAGGGGAGGAAUAUUUAAACCCAAUUCUUAGUUUGA